GAGCUCGUACUGAGGGACAACCUCUUGAAGAAGGUGCCGCUCGUCUCCCCCCUCACCGCCCUCUCACUCCUCGACCUCUCCUACAAUCACAUUCACGCCAUGGCGCCCCUGGCGGCCUCCGCCCUCCCCGCUCUGCGCGAGCUGUAUCUGGCCAACAACCGCAUCGGGCACAUGGAGGCGCUGGAGGGCUUCACUCAGCUGCGCCUGCUGGAGCUGGGGUCCAACAAGAUCCGGGAGAUGGAGAAUGUAUCGCAGCUGUCGGCCCUGGAGGAGCUGUGGGUGGGGCGCAACAAGAUGAGGGAGGUGCGCGUGGCGGGGCUCACGGCGCUGGUGAAGAUCAGCGUGCAGAGCAACCGCCUCACCUGCAUGCGCGGAUUCGAGUCGUGCACGCGGCUGCAGGAGCUGUAUCUGAGCAACAACGGCAUCAGUGUGAUGGAGGGGCUGGAGGCGCUCACCAACCUGCGCAUCCUGGACCUCGCUGCUAAUGCCAUCAUCCCACGUGCAGGGGCUGGACACGCUCACCAGGUGGGCUGCCUCGAGGACCUGUGGCUGAACGACAACCGCAUCGAGUCUCUCGCGCAGCUCAUGGCUGCCCUGGACGGCCCCAAGGCGUCGCUUGUCACUCUCUACCUCGAGCGCAACCCCUGUGCCAAGGAGGCAGGGUACAUAGAGACUCUCGCCAAGAUGCUGCCCAGGGCAGAAGAGAUCGACUCCAAGCCCGUUAGAUGA